AUGAAAUCGAUGGACACAAAUGAUAUCAAUUGGCACGACUUGAUGUCAAUUGAUUUGGAUGUCUUAGGAAAUCAAUUGAAUACAAAUCAUUCAUUGGUUACACAAUUAGCUUCAUAUUUGACAUCACUUUCAAUGGAUAAACAAUUUGAUUUGCAAAAAUUAGACGAAAAUGUGGCAAAAUUUAUGCUUACAUUGCAAAUGAUUGUCAAAAAUUUGCUUAAACUAAAUAUAAAUCCAAACGAAGAUAUGAAGAAUAACAAUAUAGUGAUCAGUAAUAACCAAUUGAGUCGCGAGAAUAAAAAGUUACGGAAGUUGUUGGAGAUUCACCAAAAAGCCAUGACUUAUAACCAGACAGUCAGUGGUGAAUACAGUGGUGAAUACGUUCAGUGCCCUCACUGUCCCAAAGUGUUCUUCGAUACUAAUUAUCUGAAAACACAUUUUGCUAGAAGACAUCCAAAUGAUUCGCUUGACUCGGAAGGUAUGCUGGCUUUGACUAAGAAAAUAGACAAAUACCAAACUGAAGUGUUUGGUGAUAAUAAACAACUUAAACAAUUGACAAAUGAGAUCAAAGUGUUGAACGAACAGUUGACUAAAACUGAAAUAAGAUUACAACAGGAAAGGGAUGAGAGAUUGAAAUUAGAAGAACAUAUUAAUUAUGUGUUGAAAGUUAGAGACAAAGAGUUGCAGCAAAUGAUGAAAGAAGAGUUAGAAGAUAUAAAGUUUGUUAAAACGGAAAGGGAUGUCAUUCAACAUUAUAGUAAUAGUAAGGAUCAAUCAAACGAUAAUACAGAUGAUAGUAAUGAACAAACAUCUUCUAAAUCAUUGGAUGUCAUGAAAAUCGAAGAAAUAUUUGCAAUUCAAGCAAAAGAAAUGAUUAAAUUAGAUAUAAUGAAAAAAGUUAUUGAAGAGCGACAGUUAGCGAUACAACAAAACAGAUUUGAUUUUAAUUAUGAAGCCAUUGAACAACAUAUUAGAAAUUUUAUCGAAAAAAAAGUUGACGAAAAAAUGGGUUUAGAUGUGAAAGAAAAUGAUAUAUCAAUUGAAAAUGAGAGAUCACAUGAAACACUAUUACUAAAAGAUAUGACUAAACAAAAUCAUAUAACUGUUGAAAAAAGUUUAGUUGAAGCAGAGGUACACACAUCACCACUAAUUGAAACAAAAUUAUCAAUUAAAGACCAAAAUGUUGUACAAAAAAUAGAAAUUAGUGAAAAUAAAACAAAAACAAUUAAUGAUAGUUUGAAUGAUACAAUUAAGCAAAGAUUGAGUGAAACUAAUAAUAUUCCUAAAUCUGUAUUAAAAUCAAUAAUUAGUAAUAAAAAAUUAGAGGAAAAUAACGAUAAAUCUAAAGAAAGACACAUUAGGUUCAGUGAUCAUCACAUUGAACAUCAAAUUAGUCCGGAAGACUCGUCCAGUGAAGAUGAUUACAGUAUAGUAAUUAGCGAUUCAAUUAUCGCACCUAAUAUAUCAUAUGAUGACUCUUCACAGUCAUCGACAGCUCCAAUACCGGCUCGAAGAACACAGAAAUCCAAUUUAUCUCUUGAUUUCAAAUCUCCGUUUUCGAUGACUUCAGACGAAGACAUGAUUAAUGAUUCAAUUUAUAAAAUUAAUGACCAAUUGAUGAAUGAAAUUCUUCACACAAAUGAGUCAAAUAAUGAAAGUGAUUCGCAAUCACUAAAAAAUAAGUCGACUCUCAAUGAAGAAAUUAAAGUCGAUUCUCAACAAACAAGAGUUCAUGAAUUGGCAGAAAUGAUUGAAAAGCAAUUAAAUAAAAGAAGUGAAAAUAAUAGAAAACCACCCGUCGGUUCGGUAAAUGUGGUCACUGGUCAACACGUCUCAAACAAACAACAAAUUUUGAAUUACAAUAGAUUAGACUCGGAUUCUGAAAGCGAUUGA